CACUUCCUCAGAGAGACACACACACACUACUAGUCAGCGCCUGCAGCAGUAAUCGGACAACUCUCUCCGUUGUGGCCGGAGCGGACCGGCCCUGCUGAGGUACCGCGCUGGCUGGCGGCAGUGCGGGGGUGCGCUCCAUUCCUUCCCAGGCUUAAAAUGAAAAAGAAAAAAGGCGCCUUGUAAAGUUUCAUCUCCGUCCUUCAAUCAUGUUGGAGAUUCUGGGAGGAGAACUUUUUUAGAACAUUGGAUCUUUUUUCUACAAUUAUUUUUUUUUUCUAAAGAAGGGAUAAAGACACGAGGAUUCAAGCGUAAUUGUUGUGGAGCUGGCCGGAGGAGGAGUCGCAGGGCUUGGGAGGAAUCGGGCAUCUCGGUUGCAGGUUUAUGGAAAUGCAGGAUCUCGCCAGUCCUCACAGCCGACUUAGUGGAAGCAGCGAAUCUCCGAGCGGUGCCGGCCUGGACAACUCCCACCUCCAUAACAACAAUUCCAUGACACCCAAUGGCACUGAAGGUGACAGCAUCACAAUGCUCACCACCGCAGACUGGUUGUUAGGUUCUAACUCAGAGUCCGCCUCAGUUAAAAGCGAGCCAAUGAGCAACAGCGACAUAGGCGCCUCAGUUGCAGACACCUCUCUCGACAGCUUCUCCGCAUCAGCUAUUGGAAGCAGUGGAUUCAGUCCAAGACAAACGCACCAGUUCUCCCCGCAGAUUUACCCUUCCAACAGGACAUAUCCGCAUAUUCUUCCGACCCCUUCGUCUCAAAAUAUGGCCGCGUACGGGCAGGCGCAGUACACCACAGGAAUGCAGCAAGCCGCAGCUUACGCCAGCUACCCCCAGCCCGGACAGCCCUACGGCAUCCCGGCCUACGGGCCAUUGUGGGCAGGCAUCAAGACGGAAAGCGGCCUAACCCAGUCGCAGUCGCCGGGCCAGACGGGCUUCCUCGGCUACGGCUCGGGCUUCAGCACCCCGCAGACGGGGCAGGCGCCGUACAGCUACCAAAUGCAGGGCGGUACUUUCACAACAACGUCAGGAUUAUAUGGCGGGAACAACUCCCUGACAAACUCGACGGGCUUCAACAACACGCAACAGGAGUACCCGGGCUAUCCUGCCUUCGGCCAGGGUCAGUACGCUCAGUAUUACAACAGCUCACCCUACACGUCGCCCUACAUGACCAGCAACAACACCAGCCCCAGCACGCCCUCCACAACCACCACCUAUACCCUACAGGAACCCCCCGCCGCCAUCACCAGCCAGGCCAUCACGGACAAUCCUGCAGUGGAGUACAGUACCAUCCACAGUCCAUCAACCCCCAUUAAAGAUUCAGAUUCAGAUCGAUUGCGCCGAGCCUCGGAUGGAAAGUCACGUGGCCGGGGCAGGAGGAACAACAACCCGUCGCCGCCGCCCGCCUCCGACCUUGAGAGAGUAUUCAUCUGGGAUCUGGAUGAAACAAUCAUCGUUUUUCAUUCCUUGCUCACGGGCUCCUACGCCAACAGAUAUGGACGGGAUCCACCAUCGUCAGUAUCAUUAGGACUACGGAUGGAAGAGAUGAUCUUCAACUUGGCCGACACGCAUUUAUUCUUUAACGACUUAGAGGAAUGUGACCAGGUGCAUAUUGAUGACGUUUCUUCCGAUGACAACGGUCAAGAUCUUAGCACAUACAACUUUGGCGCGGACGGCUUCCACGCGGCGGCCACCAGCGCCAACCUCUGCCUGGCCACAGGUGUGCGUGGAGGCGUGGACUGGAUGAGAAAGUUGGCCUUCCGCUACAGACGGGUGAAAGAAAUCUACACCACUUACAAAAAUAACGUCGGAGGUCUCCUGGGCCCGGCCAAGAGGGAAGCCUGGUUGCAAUUGCGAGCAGAAAUUGAAGCCUUGACGGACUCCUGGUUAACACUGGCACUGAAAGCACUAACGUUAAUCCACUCAAGGUCCAACUGUGUGAACAUCCUGGUGACCACCACGCAGCUGAUCCCCGCCCUGGCCAAGGUCCUGCUCUACGGCCUGGGCAUCGUCUUUCCUAUUGAAAAUAUAUAUAGCGCAACCAAAAUAGGUAAGGAGAGCUGCUUCGAGAGAGUCGUCCAACGGUUCGGCAGGAAAGUUGUUUACAUUGUGGUCGGGGACGGCGUGGAAGAGGAGCAAGGCUCGAAAAAGCACAACAUGCCCUUCUGGAGGAUCUCCAGCCACUCGGACCUCAUGGCCCUCCAUCACGCUCUGGACCUGGAGUACCUGUAGCAAUGCCCGCUACAUCUGGCAUCUCAUCAAAAGGCCCAUCGUGCUACCUGAGGCGUCUCAUCUUCCAAGAGGAGAGGAGAACGGUCAAACGUGCUGACGUCCCGUCACACGUCGUCUUAACGCAAUUUUUUUUGUUGUUGUCGUCGUCGUCCCGAGAGGUGAAUUUUACAGCCGUGGUUACUGUGAAAAUGGACCGCCUGGACUCAUUUGAGGCUUUCCGGUUGGUCCGUCCCCGUCACCUCCCCCGCCAGCGCUUCUUAUUUAUGAACUCCGUAAGAAGGCGAAACAAACUCGUUCCUGAGAAAUCUCCGGGCUUUUCUAAUAAUUUAAGAAAAAUGACAAAAAACUUUAUUUACUGAGACAAUCGUGUACAGCGGUGGUUUGUUUUUGCUGGGGUUUUUUUUGUGCGUGUGUAAGUUUGUAAUCACUGGACAAUUCCUUCCUUAUAUCCAUGUUCUGUCAAAGAAAAAAAUGCAGCUUUUUUUUAUUGAACAAAAGAAGCUUGCAAAAGUGUUGAUGACGUGUUCCAAGUUUGUUAAGUAAAGGAAAUAUGUAGAUAA